GUUGCUAGGAUACCGCUCGGGCCGGCAAGUGACGGGCCGUGAGGUGCCCGCCGCCAUCUUUCGUGCUGGCAGAGGGUCCCGGGCCCCCGUGUGGUGAGGGACACGCGGGCACAGAGCCAGUCCGUCAGUCACCCGGCAGCGCGGGCGUAUAGUCCCGGCGGGACCCGGAUGCGCCGUUGUCCUGUCUCAUUAAUAGUCACAAGAAAGUCCACGGCGAUGCACCAGCACAUUUACCGCCAGAAAAUUCAAGAUGGAGGAAGCCAGGACAGCCAGAGCGUCAGUCACAUGGGGAGUCUAUGAGGGGGUAUCCGCAGCAGCCACCAAGUCAGGGUAGCAGCUGGAGAAAGAAGUAUUCGCUGGUUAAUCGGAAUGAGGGGGAGCGCACCAGCGCUACAGCCACGGAUCCUAAUCAGCCGCUUGCACAGAAAGUUCAGGUGACUGCUACUGCCGCAGUGGCAGAGGAAAUGGGGAAGCAGAAAGUAACUGGAAACCUGACACUCGCCAGCAACAAUGCCGCUGUUUAUAAAGGAAAAUACCGAACUGUAAGGAAUAAAGACGUUCAGACACCGCUGACAGUAGCGCCAGACACUGCCACGCCCUCCACAUCCACACUGCGGGGGACCAGGCCCAUAGUCCCUAUGCAGAACCCUGCUGAGAGGUCGUACAAGAUACCUGCAGGGCAGACAAUGACAUGGACGGCCUCAAAUAAAUUAAUUCCAUCUCAGGGAACAUCAGUUACGCAGUCGCCAUCAAAGAGACCUCCUCUCUCCCUCCCCCACCCCAAUGUGAACUGUUCUCCUCCAGCUCUCAGUGCAGGCCCUUCAACUUUGAGUUCACCCAAAAACACUUUGAGAACUGACGCACCUGGUAAAGGUCUCAAAGGUGAGAGGGCUAAAUACACCUGGGUGGCCAAUCCUCCCAAGGCUUGCCCGGCUGGCAGGAAAGUCAGCCCAAGCGCAAAGAGAUCUUUAAGUGUGGAAUCAGAGAAUAUUAAAUCUGCAGUUGCCGGAGGAGCAGUUAAAUCUGCAGUUGCCGGAGGAGCAGUUAAAUCUGCAGUUGCUGGAGGAGCAGUUAAAUCUGCAGUUGCCGGAGGAGCAGUUAAAUCUCCAGUUGCCGGAGGAGCAGUUAAAUCUCCAGUUGCCGGAGCAGCAGCUAAAGGGAAGAAGAGCAGCGCAAAUCACAAGUGUCUAGCACCCAAAAGCCGCUAUAAGUGGAAAGCCGAACCUAGGACUCCCUCCCCUGCGGCUCCGGUCACUCCUAGCCAUUGUGCCGUCCACAGAAUUGCUCUGAGGACGAGCCCGCACACUCCCUAUGCCAAGCCUUCCCAUUCAGCCGGGAACGGGCUAACAGCCACAUUCAGGGACACUGCACAUUCCAGCUACAAAAUUAAGAGCAGGACAAAGAUCGUCAGGAGAAGAAGCAACUCAAGGUCCCCGGUGGAGAAGAAGUCCUCUCCUUUAGCUCCUCUCACCAUGAAGAGCCAUUACUGCCUCCGGAGGAGGACUUCUCCCAGAGUAAAAUCUCCAGCUACGGUGAAACGAAACUUACCCCGGGGGCUGGUGCACAUCUCCAAACACCGCCUGCGAAGGCUCCCUCCCAGCAAGCAGCUAUCUCCAGGUACCAGAGAAGCCGCCUCCUCUUCCUCUCUGAAAAGCUCCGCCUCCAGCCGGGUGAUAAAGACCCGUUACAGGAUUGUGAAGAGAAAUGCCGCCUCUCCCCUGGUGGCAUCACCACUGUCCACGCUCAGCUCGUCUCUUACCUGGAGGACAAGGCUGCUGUUAUUAAAGAGGAUGCGCCUCCUGUCCCAGACUGGCAGGUUCCAGAGCCAGCAGAGAUGGAGGAGCCGGGGCCUGUGCUUUAUCGGAGGAGUCAUGUACAGAGUCUCUGCAAAUAAACUCUCUAAGACAUGGAGCCCUGGCAGUGGUGGAAAGCAGAAUCCCAAAACUGGGAAAGUGGAUGUCCGCAGCACCAGUCCUGGCUCCUUAUACCCCAGUCGGUCAGCCACCCCAAGCCGCUACAUAGCCAGUCGGGCCGUGCAGCGCAGUCUGGCCAUUAUCCGCCACGCCCAGCAGCAGAAGAAGAAGAAGGAGUACUGCAUGUACUAUAACCGUUUCGGGAAGUGUAACCGUGGCCAGAAAUGUCCCUACAUACAUGACCCUGAGAAGGUGGCUGUGUGCACCAGGUUUCUCAGAGGCACCUGCAAGAAGACGGACGGCACCUGCCCCUUCUCACAUAAAGUAUCAAAAGACAAGAUGCCAGUGUGCUCCUACUUUCUGAAGGGAAUCUGUCACAAUAACGACUGUCCGUACAGCCACGUCUAUGUCUCCAGGAAGGCCGAGGUCUGUCAGGAUUUCGUGAAGGGCUAUUGCCCCACGGGAGCAAAGUGUAAGAAGAAACACACUUUACUCUGCCCGGAUUAUGCCCGAAAUGGCACCUGUCCACAGGGUUCAAAAUGCAAACUACAACACCGCCAGAGAAAGAGGUGGAUCGACAGCACAAAACAAUCAGCGCAAACCCAGCCAAGUUCCACUCAACCAAGGCAAGCACAAGAGGAUUCUGGGUUGUCUACAGAGCAGCUAGUGGCAGCUCGUUCCCGAGAUGUCUCGUCCACCAGCGAGGAGGAGACGGCCGGCAGCAGCGGAUGGGACAGCUGUCCUUCCUUCAUCUCCCUAAACUGCUCCUCCGCCAGCGACGGGACGCCAGUGUGUAAAAGGGUCAAAUCUGCUGAGGACUCAGGAAAACCUCUUCAGAUCAAGCCCAGGCUGUGACGUUGUACCAGGCGUGUGAGACCGGCUCGGGUGCAAUCCUCAGCUCCUGCCUUGCCCCGGACGUGACUGUACGUAUUGCAUCUGAAUUUGCUGAGCACUCAGCAAAGGGGCCCCUUGUGAAGGGAUUUGGGGCCCUGACCAGCACUGUGUAUUUGUGUGUAACGUGUGGUGCUACCAGUUCCUCUGUUUGGGAAGAGGUUACACAGCGGAACACGCGCACAUUUCAUAUUCAGAAAUCUACAGAUUUAUAUUUAAUUUCUGGCCAGAGAUGCAGCCGGAUCAUUUUAUUUAAUACUUUGUAAGUAGAGAGUUUAAUAUUAAUUUGUAUCUGAUGUUUUUAGCGCCCCCGGCAGGUUGGGUGGCAUCUGCAGCCUCGUCACGGGGUGGCGUUCUUACAGGUGAGCAGCGCAGAAUUUAGUUAAGUUCCCCUUUGUCUCGCCAUGCCCCAGUGACGCACAGUGUUACCAGUACAGGUUCACCUCCCUGUAGAUAUGUUUGUACGUCCGCUACAGCACUUGGGUCACAUUAAAUUACCAAUAGGAUUCUGCUGCAUUGGUCACAGGGUGGCUGUCCAGAUCUCUGGCUUUAGUUAUAUCAGAGUAAUAUACCGCUGUGACUACCGUCUCAGUGAGAAAACACUACUAUUACUGAUGCUGCUUCCCAGGGUGUUUGUGGGGUUAUACUGUAUAUUGAUUUGUAGGGGUUUUGGAUGAUGUGGGUUUCCCAGCUUUCUUACAAGCCCCCUCUUUAUUCUCAGCGUUACCCUAUUUUCCUGCAGACCCCUGUUAUUUCUCUAAUAAAUUCAGUAUAUUUGACUUCCUCCUCUAACUAAAGGCUAAAUCUAAGGGAUAGGUGUCGCCGGACACUGCCAUAUUUCAGGGAGCGACCACCUAUUGUUAGUGCAUAGACCGCAAAAGCUAGAAGUAUUAACCACUCUCAGCGCCCUCUGAUCCUACAACCAAACCUGCCAUUGUUUUUAUAUUAAAUGCUUUUAUUUAGAUACGUUCUGCCUGUACCAGUUUUUGGUUACUAACUCUGCGGUGAUUUCCAUUUCAAUAAAGUGCAGAUUUGUUUUC